AUGUUUGUAGACUCACCUGCUGCUGCUGCUUCUGCUGCUACUGUGGCUGCUGCUUCUGCUGCCACUAUGGCUGCUUCUUCUUCCGCCACUGGUUUUGUUGCAACAAAUUUUUCGGAGAGGCUGGACCAUGCACGAGAGGCCAACGGUGUGCAGCCCGAUGAAGAACAGCGACCCUCCGUAUUGCGAUCAAUCGUAUUACGGGGCAGUUUGGAGCGCUCCUUCAACUCUAUUGCGAGCUCUUUAUCUAAUAUCUCAUUUUCUAACCUACUUCUCGGUCUACCCGUGUGCCUGCCUGACCUUGCACUACCAGCUACGCUAGGAGAGGAUGUUGACAAAAUAAAGGAGGCUGAGUAA